AUCUUGUGAUGGUGCUGCAAUCACAACAGUUCCAACUACAGAAUCAACAGUUCAAACUACUACCCCAGCAUAUCAGACUACUUCAAUCACAACAGAUCCGACUACUAUAAUCACAACAGAUCAGACUACUUCAAUCACAACAGAUCAGACUACUUCAAUCACAACAGAUCCAACUACUUCAAUCACAACAGAUCAGACUACUUCAAUCACAACAGAUCCAACUACUUCAAGCACAACAGAUUGGACUACUUCAAUCACAACAGAUCAGACUACUUCAAUCACAACAAAUCCAACUACUUCAAUCACAACAGAUCAGACUACUUCAAGCACAACAGAUCAAACUACUUCAAUCACAACAGAUCAGACUACUUCAAUCACAACAAAUCCAACUACUUCAAUCACAACAGAUCAGACUACUUCAAUCACAACAGAUCCAACUACUUCAAGCACAACAGAUCAAACUACUUCAAUCACAACAGAUUUAACUAUUCCAAUCUCAACAGUUCCAACCACUUCAACUUCAACAGUAAUCACUCAAACACAAUCUUCUGCUUCACCUGCUACUUUAAGAGAUACCACAUCACCAUCUAUGACCACAACUCCAACAUCAACUGUAUUGGAUUCAAGUAGUGACUCUACCACAACUGUCCAAGCAGUAUCUACUGAUUCAACUACAACCACAAGAAAAUAUAAAGUGUUUACAUUAUUAAAAGCUCAAUCAACAACACCCGCAGUGUACCAAAGUUUGAAGAAAUUUAUACCUGAAGUAGAAGAAGCAGAGGGGGCAAUAGCUAUAGGUUCCUCAGCUUUGCUCAUUGUAUUGGGUUUUUUAUUAUUUAUAAUUAUUACUGACGUGCCAAAAAUUGGAGAGGAUCUUUAUCGUAUGUAUAAUAAUGUCAAGAGUACAAUGUUAACAUGUAGAUCAACAGCAGUUUAAAAUGCAUGGCAUUAACAUGCAAAAUACCACCACCACCUGCCAUUUGUUAUAGACACAAACUCAACAGCAAACAUCAACUGUCGAUUACCCUAAAAAAUUGAAGACACUUGUGUUGGAGACAUAAUAUUUACUAGAGAGUAUUGGUUAGUAAUCAAUUUCAUCGAUCAUCAUCUUUAUAUUUUCUGAGGCAUCCAGGGUACAAAUCAAUGUCUGUGACCUCUUUGCAUUUGAAUCAUAUAUACUACAUGUAUUGAUAAAUGUUACUAUAUUUUACUAAAAUACUCUAAAUUCCUUUCCAUCUACUUUUCGUAGAUUUUUCUAUAUACAGAAUAUUUUUUUAUAUUUAAUAAAAUAAAUGUCCCCUCAAUUAGGAUUUAUCUAAAC